UGAGAUAAAACUUCAGUUGUAUUUAAGGCAGAGCAUGCUAAAUACACAACUGUCCUGUAACUAAACAGGAAGCGACGAGGAACGUCUGUCAUCGAGAUCUGAAUACCACAAAAAAAAGGGGGACUUGUGUCGGGGUUUCCCUUUCUCUUCUCCGGGAAGACUGUGCGAUCCGGUUGUCUCUGCGGUAGAGAGGAGGAGGCAGAGGCGCGCGGCCGACGGAUUGGCAGUGGAAUGUUGGCCGGAAGGUUCUGUGGAUGACGCGAGGCGCAGGCCCCGCCCCCUCGCUCCACCCUGCGCUAGCGGUAGCGGUAGCAGCAACUUGUCCAUUUUCAUUCAGCAUCAGUCCGGAGCUCGUUUGUGUCGUCCGUGCCCAACCACUGCACAUCGCUGGAGCUAUGGGAAUAAAUGCAACCGACAUUGAGGACCAGUCGCUUCUUCCCUACUAUUUGAAGCCCGUCGACCUGGCGAGAGGUUUCUGCCGCGGUGCGGCGGCGGGCGCCAGUAAAAACGAACAAUAAAAACCGAGAUCUAGUCGGCGGCCGUCCGUAUGGGGGGGUGGUUGCCGAUUCUAGCGCAGUAGAGCGGGGCCCCGGCACAAUGCGGAGUGAGGCGACUCGCUUCCCACAAACACGGUAAAAUGAAGCAGGGUGUGUGCUAUGGACGCCUGGCAGCUCCGGCAGUGGCCACCAGCGAACUCUUCACCGCCUAGCCCUGCCAGCAAUGGGAGCUUUUAGCUUGUUGUGGUGCUUUCUUCCUUCUUUCGCAGCUUGGACCGCAGCGACGAUGCAUUGGAGCAUUCUGACGCUGCUGUUUGUGUUGCUUGGUGACAUUACAGCUCAAGUAGAACCUGCUCCAAAGGCUGCUGUGUCCCUUUCGGGUAAAUACCAUCACUAUGAUCGUGCAACAGGGAAAGAAAUUUACUGUAAUAAGUGCCCUGCAGGCACCCAUGUGGCACAACAUUGCACAUCAACAUCAUUGCGUGUCUGUCGCUCCUGUAAAAAUGGCACUUUCACGAAGCAUGAGAAUGGCAUUGAUCAGUGUCACACCUGCAGGCCUUGCACAGCCCCGAUGAUUGAGAAAUUCCCAUGUACUGCCUUCUCUGACCGUGAGUGCACUUGCCCACCUGGAACCUUUCUGUCUAACAAGAUCUGUGUAGCUUAUACUGUUUGUGCAAUGGGUUGGCGUGUGAAGAAGAAAGGAAGCGAGACAGAAGAUGUUAAGUGUAAACCAUGCCCUCGUGGCACUUUCUCCAAUGUGCCUUCUAGUCCGAGGUGCAAACCACUCACCAAUUGUUCAGAACAUGAUCUGGUGAUCUUAAAACUAGGAAACCAACAAAGGGAUAACAUCUGUGGCUUACCAAGCACAAUUCGGAGUACAACCAUCAAUUCUUCAAGCACAGAGUCAACUCGCCACAACAGUGGAGUUCUUCCUGAUGCCUCCACUCCAUCAGGUAUUCCUAAUCAAUUGAGCACCACCACUACAAAAUCAAUCAGUGGAGUGACCAAAGAAGCACAACUUUGGCAUUCUUCCCAUUCAGGCCCCAAUUCACCUCUGUCAGCUGCGAUGAAUUUUCAACCCAUCAUGGAAAGCUCAAGAGCAGGUGCUGACUUCAGACCUCCCAGAAAAGGCCCGCCGAGGCCAAGCGCACACAAGCACUUUGACAUAAAUGAGCAUUUGCCGUGGAUGAUCGUACUCUUUCUGCUGUUGGUGCUGGUGGUGACAGUAGUUUGCAGUAUUAAGAAAAGCUCCCAUGUGCUGAAAAAAGGCCCCAAACAGGAUCCCAGCAGCAUUGUUGAGAAAGCUGGCCUCAAGAAGCCUAUUUCCCCGAGCCCAAAUAAAGAAAAAUGGAUUUACUAUUAUAAUGGGCAAGGAGUGGACAUCCUGAAACUUGUGGCAGCGCAGAUUGGUAGCCAGUGGAAGGACAUCUAUCAGUUUCUUGCCAAUGCAGCUGAACGAGAAGUAACUGCUUUCUCUAACGGGUAUUCAGGAGAUCACGAGCGAGCGUACGCAGCCUUACAACACUGGACGAUCCGAGAUCCUGAAGCCAACCUGGCAAAACUCAUUAGUGCCCUUCGUCGCUACAAGCGCAAUGAUGUGGUGGAAAACAUCAGAGGGCUAAUGGAAGAUACCUCCCAGCUGGAUCUUGAGAAACUUGUUCCUGUUGUCAACAAUAAAAAUGGAGUCGCUUCCAAUUCCGCUGUUCCCAAUUCCGCUGUUCCCAAUUCCGCUGUUCCCAAUUCCGCUGUUCCCAAUUCCGCUGUUGAAACAUCUUCAGCUGACAAGACAAAAGUAUUUUUUGUGGAUGAAUCAGAGCCCCUACUUCGCUGUGACUCAACUUCCAGUACUUCAUCUUCAGUUCUCAGCAGAACUGGAUCUUUCAUUUCCAAAGAGAAGAAAGACACCAUUUUACGCCAGGUACGUUUGGAUCCUUGUGACCUGCAGCCUAUAUUUGAUGACACACUUCAUAUUCUUAACCAGGAGGAGCUCGGAGUGAUAGAAGAGAUUCCCCAUGCUGAGGACAAAUUGGAUAAGCUGUUCGAGAUUGCUGGAGGGAAGAGUCAGGGUGCCAGUCAGAAACUCCUGGACUCUGUUUAUAGCCACUUACCAGACCUCCUUUAAUUCUGUGCAGCAUUGUAUGUGAUUGGUCAUAUUUAUUGAUGCAGUAAUGGUUGGUCAGUGCCAGUAAAAUGAAAGAAAUGAUGAAAUCUCCAUCAAAGUGGAGAUUAUCUUGGGUAAUUCAUUUUGUAGUCUGGAAUUGGAAGUUUGCUUCCACUCUAUAGAAGCAUGGCAUCUGUCUGGCAUAUAGAAGCCAGUAAUUUGGCCCUCCUUUCAUUGAAUGAUAUUUCAGUUCACAAAAAUAAACAAAGGCAAAUUGUGUGCACUUUUGUAUUCCAUUUAGUGUAUUUAACUGGUAUGGAUUAUUCUGUGUACUCAAGCACUAACUUUUAAGCAAUUCCUAAAGUAAAUUUAAAAUAGUGAUGUCUUCUAUGGAGCUUGCUUUGAUUCAGUUUUUGUUCCUUAAAUGCGCUGAAGCCUGGUCUCUAAAUGUUCAUUUUCUGCUUUUUAAUGCAAGAUUCAUUUUUUUUACAUUUUUCCACUUCGGUUGCUCUUGGUCUUUUACUGACUUGUUUUACUUUUUGCUGUUGAAAUGGCUGCAGAAGUGGCUCUGAUUUACAAAUUGAUAGAUAAGUUAGAGCUUUAAUAAUCAACAUAGUACUUGAAGCAAGCUGUUGUACUAGUUAAUUUUACUUUUACAUGUAUUUUCAACAGCGGUCUAAAAAAUGGUUGAGGAUCUGAUGAGAACUGCUGUAUAGAAUAUUAUAAAAUGAUUAUAGCAUAUUGUGUAGAGUUGUCAAAGCUGGAUGAGCACCAUUCAUGACAGAAAGUAUUUUGUAGUGAUCUUUCCAAGAAAAGAAAAUUGUUGACCGGUUGCUUCACCAGUUGGGAUGACGUUGCUGGUUGAAUAUUGUGCAAAACUGGUGCUCAAUUGCAGAUCUUUUGACAAUUUUAGCGGUACUAAUGCUGUCACCUGCUACUAGCAGUAUGUGAGAGAGAGCAAAACUAUUUUUUAGCAAUCUGCUUUGCAAAUGUGGGAAGGGAUAUACAGGUACUUGUUUUGGUAUUUUUUUGAAACUACUUGGAACAAGUCUGUUACCAGUCCAGAAUGGUACUAAUUUAUUCAGGGUACAAAUAUUUGAGUGUUUAUUACAAUUAUCUGGUAAAAUCAUGCUGCAUUUAAUUUCACUCGAUAUAUAGCGAUGUAAACUAUUAAUGAGAUG